CAGGCUGCCGUUAGAUGGGCCGGUCUUGGACCAAUCCAGUUCCCAGGCGCACCGCAACCACCACAUGCACCAAACUUCUGCGCAUAAGUCGGUGUUAGACCUGAAAAUGCAUCUGGACUAG